AUCAUGUGCUACUCUGAUACUGGAAGAGUACAUUCAGUAUUUUACCAACACUUUUGCAUGCAUGUUUGUGAGCAGGAUGUCGGACCGGCGAGGCGAAGCUGACUAAAGGCUUUAACCUGGCGGCGCGGUACAUCGUCCACACGGUGGGACCAAAAUAUAAAUCCAAGUACAGGACGGCGGCGGAGAGCUCUCUGUACAGCUGCUACAGGAACACGCUGCAGCUGGCUGCAGAGCAGUCGAUGGCAUCUGUUGGUUUCUGUGUGGUGACAACGACCAAAAGAGGUUACCCACUGGAGGACGCUACACACAUCGCUUUCAGAACUGUGCGCAGGUUCCUGGAGAAUCAUGGGAACAGACUGGAGGCGGUGGUGUUCGCAGUGUCAGACACAGAGGAGCCGGUGUUCAGGAAGUUGCUGCCACUUUACUUUCCCUCGCUCUGAGGAAGAGGAGCGAGCCAGCCUUCCUCUCAUCCCCGCUGACAUCGGCAACUCUAAGGGGGAACCCGUCGUCCCCGAGAGACAGAUCCGCAUCGCAGAGAAACCCGGCACCCUGGAAGAUUCGGAAGAGGAGAGUCUGGACUCAGAUCUGGGUCAGGUGGGGACUCACGCUUUCGCCCGGAUGGAGGGGGACGUGGACAAACAGAGGAAACAGAUCCUUCAGGGCCAGAUGUCGGACGUGGCCCUGCAGAAACAGCACCAGAGAAAUUACAACCGCUGGCUGUGUCGGGCGAGAGCGGAGGAUCUGUCUGACAUCGCUGCUCUGAAAGCUUUAUAUCAAACCGGGGUGGACUUGUGUGGCCGGACGGUGAUGAUUCUGGUUGGACGGAACAUCCCGGUGACUCUGAUCGACAUCGAAAAGGCGCUGCUGUACUUCAUCCACGUGAUGGACCACAUCACAGUGAAGGAGUAUGUGAUGGUUUACUUCCACACGCUGACCGGAGAGCACAACCACCUCGACUCAGAGUUCCUCAAGAACCUGUACGACAUCGUGGACGCCAAGUUUAAGAAGAAUUUGAAGGCCUUCUACUUUGUACAUCCAACAUUUCGCUCUAAGGUCUCCACGUGGUUCUUCACCACCUUCAGCGUGUCGGGGCUGAAGGACAAAGUUCGCUACCUAGACACCUUGCAGCAGCUCUUCACCUGCAUCAAACCGGAGCAGAUCGACAUCCCUCCCUUCGUCCUGGACUAUGACGCACGGGUGAACGGACCGUACCACCCCUCCCACUCCUCCAGUCUGUGACAGGGGAUCGAUUCGACCCUCCGGUAACGACACGUUUUCAGUUCGUAAAGUGGAAACCUUCAGGUUCACGGUGUGGUCUGAACUCUUGACCUCCUGAAGGCUCUGACCCUCUGAAGGCUCUGACCCUCUGAAGGCUCUGACCCUUUGUUGGGAAACUCUCCUUUUCUGCCAAAAGGACAGAUUUAGAAGCCUGUGGUCGGCGGAGCGGUCUCUCUCUCUCUACACAGACUAUUCGUGGAUCUGGUUUCUGGAUUAUGCCUUACACCAAGACUGCUUUUUGCUCAAACUUCCCGCAAUAUGAAGUAUCAUGUGAAGCCUCAAAGCGUUUUCCAUCGCGCGGUCGUAUCAGACUUUUUCAAAUGCUGCAGUGAGAUGACGUCGGUCUGGAUUUCCACAUCGUCUCCUCCAGUUUCUCUCAGGCUGAAGCUGGAAAACACCGUUGUUAAAAACCACCUCUGCGUUGUCCUGCAGUCACAAUCAGUAAAAACCCAGAGGAGAGAAACUCUCUGUCUAUUGAAGCUCAGCUAGGUCACAUCAAAUCAACUUUAUAUCACAGCAAAUAGCAACUCAAAGGAAUACUCUACAUUACCUAUUGGCUUACUUGCCUUUCAUUAAAUAAGACGGUCGACAACACUCUCAUAGUUGUUUGCUAAAUAAAUACAAAUAAAUGAAAAAACGUCUUACAUUUAGUUUGUACGAAUUAAACAAACAAGCUGUACGUUUGUGAGCUUUGAAGGAGCUGAUAGGUUCUUACCUUCUAUGUUAAUGCACAAAUAGGAACGUGGUAUCCCUCUUCCCUUCCAACUCUUUCUCUAAAUAUCACCAAACGCUUCAAAUCCAGACAUGUUUUCUUGCAGGAAGUUUGUAAUUUCCCACGUUAUGGUGUGUCUUGAAGGCACUUGGUUUACCCACCUUUUUGUCACUAAGGUUUCUAAACGUAGCACUGAAACAAUGAAUCGAAUGCUCAAUCAACGGAUCGUCAAUGAUUUCUUUCAGUUUCUCAAAUAUCAUGCUGCUUUUUUUUUGUUUUGGAUCGGCACAUUUUGAACACUUUUUGGACUUUUGGUUUGCACAAAAUUAUGAUUAAUCACCAGGGUCUCUGGGAACGUAUCGUAUCGUUCACUUUAUUACAACUUUGUGUUCUCAAACAAUUGUCUCAUGUUUUUGCCCCACAAUGUUAUUCCUUUCUGAAACGCUGGCUAAUCUCAUCUGCUCGGCUUCCUCUGAUGUUCACUUUUAAAGGGUACUGAUUUGUCUCCUCUUCUUGUCAAUGGAGUUUCACAUUUGUUUAUGCCUGUGUUUUAAAGGGGUCCUAUUUUGCUCUUGUGGGGGUUUGCCCUUCCUGUAGGGUGUUAUAUUUGUUUUUGUGCAUUCAAAGGGUUUUCACAAUCACAACAGAGCCAUCCAGCUAACCAAUCAGAGCAGACUGGGCUCUGGUUUCAGACGGAGGGUGAAAAGAGGUACAAAAAAAGACCUUUUGAAACAUUAAAGCGUGUAAACAUCACAGAGGCACACAGUACAAAUAUGAACCUGUAAUAAGCAGAAUAGGAUUUAAACUGAUUAUGUUUUUAUAAAUGUGUCUCUUUUUCACUUGGUGUUCUCACAAAGCACAUGUAGUUUGUGAUGGGACUGGUGGGUUUACCUCAUCAUUGCAAAUCAACUGAACUUUUUAAACAUUCCUCUAAGUGUCUAAAUGUUGAAUCGGUCAUACCGAAGCGAACCCCGGCUGUCUGCCACCCAAAGAUUGAACACUAUCACAACAAAUGUGUGUUUCUCUGUUGGGAGGAAUCUCUCAUUCAGUCCCUCAAUCAUCAUGACACAAGUCACAGACAUUAUCCCUACGGAAAAGGCUUCUUAGAUUUCAAUUCACAUGUUGUUGGAUUUUUAAAGACUCAUCAUCCAGCGAGGAGACAUUUCAGAUGGUGUCCUUCUUCUGUAAAGAGAAUGAAGUAGAUUUAGAAAACAUUAAUCAACUUUAAAUCUUGUUUUUCUAUAAUACAUGAUAGGGAGGUGAGAUGAAUCCACGUAAAGUGAUUGUUCUCACCUCGUGCUUUUACAACGAUAAAGAUUUAAAGACUGGAUUUGACAAUGAGUUGUGAAAAAGGUCCUAAAUACAACUCUGGACUUUCAGUUACAAAGACAACCAGUGAACUGUGAUUAUUUCAGAUGUUAUUAAAUGUUGAGCCAAUCUUUGACUUCCUGCAAAUGUAUAUAUAUAUAUAUAUAUUUUAUGAUUUCAAAGUGAUCGGAUGGGGUUGGAUAACAGAUUUACUGUACAAUGCUGAUUUUUUUAAUAUAUAUGCAUAUACACACUUAUUAAAAUUACUUUUUUCUUCUGUAAA